UCCCGCGAAAGGCUCGGAGAGCGGAGUCGACAUGUACCCUGGCAGGACGCUUAGAGCGCGCUGAGGAGGAGGAGGAGGCCGCCCCCGCCGCCGCUGCUAUCCUAAUUUUAGCAGCCCGUUCUCUACUGGGAUAACAUACGAGGUGCUCCAGAAGACCGGGGCGCGAGCAAGGGUGGGAUGAAUUUGGAAAGGGUUCCCGACGGCUUGAGAGCUCCCCAGGCGCCCCACGACAUGGCUUCCAGCUUCCAUUUGCAGAGAUCGUCCGAGGCCAGGGAAGCGAUCGAGAAUUCCGCCAGCGAAUCGUCCGACACCGAAGUCCCAGAAAAGGAGCGAAGCGGCGUGCAGAAAAGCGACGACGGGAACGUGGAUGACCCGGCGAAGAAGAAGAAGCAGAGGCGGCAAAGGACGCACUUCACCAGCCAGCAGCUGCAGGAGCUGGAGGCCACUUUCCAGAGGAACCGAUACCCGGACAUGAGCAUGAGGGAGGAGAUCGCGGUGUGGACCAACCUCACGGAGCCCCGAGUCAGGGUGUGGUUCAAGAACCGGCGCGCCAAGUGGCGGAAGCGGGAGCGCAACCAGCAGAUGGACCUGUGCAAGAGCGGCUACGUGCCGCAGUUCAGCGGCCUGAUGCAGCCCUACGAGGAGGUGUACGCGGGCUACCCGUCCAACUACUGGCACGCCAAGAGCCUGGCGCCGGCGCCGCUCUCGUCCAAGAGCUUCACCUUCUUCAACUCCAUGAGCCCGCUCUCGUCGGCGCAGUCCAUGUUCUCGGCGCCCAGCACGCUGCCCUCCAUGAGCAUGCCGUCGUCCAUGGGCCACUCGGCCGUGCCGGGCGUGCCCAACGCGGGCCUCAACAACCUGAGCGGCUCGUCGCUCAACACGGCCAUGUCGUCGCCCGCCUGCCCCUACGGCCCGCCGGGCUCGCCCUACAGCGUCUACCGGGACACUUGCAACUCCAGCUUGGCCAGCCUGAGGCUCAAGUCCAAGCAGCACUCGAACUUCGGCUACAGCGGCCUGCAGAGCCCCGGCUCCACCCUCAACGCCUGCCAGUACAACAGCUGACGGGCCGGCGCCUCCGCACAGGGACCGCGGCGGCUGCGCGAAGGGGCCCCAGGGAGCCCCGCAGGAGGAAGGGCGCGGCGGCGGCGGCGGGG